UCUCUCUCAACAGCGACUGAAAACCACCCUUUUUCUGGUCUCCCUCCAAGGACAACAAGCAAGAAGGAAAACCUUGUCACAAGAAGAUGGGUAGCAUGGUGGGACAUGUUUUGCCAGGCUUUGGUUUUUUUGUCAUUGGAUUAUGGCACCUCUUUAACAACAUUAAGCUCCAUGCUCGGUGCCCAAUCUCUUAUACCUCCAGUCCUUGGUUUCCCACCUCAAGAUUCAAGUACUUGGAACUCUUCUUUAUCAUUGGAGGCUCUUGUGCCUCCGUAUCCGCGGAGCUCUUCAUCGGCCCGGUCCGACACCAACCGUUUGACCCUGAUGGAACCAUCCCCUCCAACCAUCUCCGUAACUUCGAGCACGCUUCCAUCUCAAUGACUCUCUUAGUCUAUGCGGUGUUUGCUAUAGUUCUCGAUCGUAUUGGCACCAAAGCUUCUCAGUACGGGCUAACCAUGUUGCUCGGUUCCAUAGCCUUUGCACAAGAGCUUCUUGUUUUCCACCUUCACUCAUCUGAUCACAGGGGCCCGGAAGGCCAAUACCACUUGCUUCUACAAAUUGUUACUACUGUUUCUUUGGCCACUACUCUUAUGGGAAUUGGUCUCCCUAAGAGUUUCUUGGUCAGCUUUGUAAGGUCAGCCAGCAUAUUACUCCAAGGCAUUUGGUUUAUAGUAACGGGAUUUAUGCUUUGGACACCGGCAUUGAUUCCUAAAGGUUGCUUCAUUAACGAUGAGGACGGUCACAAAGAGGUCAAGUGCACCGGAGAGGAAGCCAAUAAUCGCGCCAAGUCAUUGACAAACAUUCUAUUUAGCUGGUUAUUGAUUGCAUUCACUAUUUUUGCAGUGUGCUACUAUUUGGUUUUGGUUAAAACUUACAGUGAGAAGGUAGAGUAUGUUACAUUGAAAAGGGAAGAAGAGUACGAAGAUCAAGAUUUUGAUGAUGUUGAAUCCCAAAAGAAAAGCGAACUUGACAAUUCAAGGAUCAGCCUCAUUCAAAUGGAAAAACCCUUUUCACCAACUGACAUGGAAAUUAACUAA